CAUCCUCCUUAACAUACUGGCCUCCACUGGAAUCACUGACGCUCCCUUGGACUGGUUUAAAUCCUAUCUUUCUGACUGUACUCAACCAUUUCCAGUUACUACUGGUGUUCCUCAAGGUGUUAUGAACAACUAUGAGGUCAUCCGUCAGAUUGGAGAGGGUGCGUUUGGGAAAGCCUUCCUGGUUCAGGACAGAGGGGGAGGUGGAGACAGACAGUGUGUUGUCAAACAGAUCAACCUCAGAAAGAUGUCAGCGCGGGAAAAGGAAGGGUCCAAGAAAGAAGUGACGCUGCUGUCGAAGAUGAAACACCCAAACAUCGUCACCUUCAUCAGCUCAUUUCAAGAGAGGGGCAGCCUGUACAUAGUGAUGGAGUUCUGUGACGGAGGAGAUCUGAUGAAGAAGAUCAACAUGCAGAGAGGAGUCUUCUUCACUGAGCAGAAGGUCGUGGACUGGUUCGUGCAGAUCUGCCUCGGACUCAAACACAUCCACGACAGGAAGAUCCUCCACAGAGACAUCAAAGCUCAGAAUAUCUUCCUCACCAACGGAGGGUUGAAAGCAAAGCUGGGGGACUUUGGAAUCGCAAGAAUGUUGAAUAACACCAUGGAGCUGGCGAGGACCUGUGUUGGGACUCCGUACUACCUCUCCCCAGAGAUCUGCGAGAAUCGACCCUACAACAACAAGACGGAUAUCUGGUCUCUGGGCUGCGUCCUGUAUGAACUCUGCACCCUGAGGCAUCCAUUUGAGGGCAGCAGUCUGCGGCAGCUGGUCAGUAAAAUCUGCAGGGGGCGCUACAACCCAGUGCCCAGCCACUACUCCUACGACCUUCGCCUGCUGGUCACCCAACUCUUCAAGGUCAACCCUCGGGACCGUCCCUCGGUCAGCUCUGUCCUCAGGCGUCCCUUCCUGGAGAAGCACAUCAGCAAACACCUGGACCCACAGGUGAUGCAGGAGGAGUUCAGCCACACGGUGCUGCAUCGAAACAGAUCGGCAGCGUCUCAGGCUGCUAAACCCAGAGCAGCAACGGCAGCAGAGAAGAAGCAGCAGUUUGGAGCAGCAGAGAGACCUGGAGCUGCCGCAAAGAGACUUCCUGCUAAACCAGACUGGAGGGUCCCACUCAGAGUCUACAGCCCCGCCCCCUACAAACCUUUUCGUCACAGAGCUGCAGACAGAGAAGCUGCAGCGCUGCAGAACCAGAGGUUUAAUGGACAGCAGCUGGUCGGCCAGUAUAAGCACUACUACGCCCAGCUGGACGCCCUCCAGAGGAGGAAGAAGGAGGACGUCCUUCCUCCUCCUCCUCCUCCUCCUCCUCCUCCUCCUCCUCAGGAGAGAGAGAAGGAGCGAUGUGAAGACCAUGCUGUGGAACCAUACAUGAUUGUGGCUGCAGCUCGUAAUGAAUACAUGCAGAGGAGACACGAAGCCAACCUGUACAAACUGAGAGCAGAGAAACAGCUGGGUUUGCGUCCGUCUACAGCUGAACGCAACAGGAAGCCUGGAGGUCAGGAGCAGGAAGUGAGACCAUCUGAACACCAACACACACCUCAGGACAGGAGGCAGGAGGGACAGCAGGUAGGACACACACCUCAGGACAGGAGGCAGGAGGGACAGCAGGUAGGACACAUACCUCAGGACAGGAGGCAGGAGGGACAGCAGGAGUACCUGCGUCAGCUGGACGCCAUCAGACAGCAGUAUCACCAGGAGAUGAGACAGAUGAGACUGAGAGCUGAAGUAGAGCCGCAGCCACAACACAAACAUGGAACCUUUGUGGUGGAGAAACCCAGAGAGCAGAGAGCCUCACCUGUACAGGACAUGGAAGCAGCUCUGAGGCAGAUCAGAGAGGAGACCAGAGAUCAGAGGAAAGCGCUGGAGAGGAAACACAAAGACAAGAAGGGAAUCAUGUUUGAGAUCCGGUUAGAUGACGAAGGCGUGAAAGAGGAAGCAGAGAAGGAGGAGAAGAGAGAGGAAGACGAGGAGAAGGUGGGUGAUGGAAGACAAAAGGAGGAGGAGGAAGUGGACCCUCUGAACCAGACGCUGAGCUUCCAGGAAGGGGAGGAGUUGAAGCUCAGGGAUUGGUCGGAGGUGAGGAGGGGGUGGAGCCAGAGGACUCCUCAGACUCUGCUGGACGCACUCGCCAACAUGGACGUCAACUCUGUCUACAACACAGUGGUCGAGGCUGAACAAGGUGAGGAGGUAGCAGGUCGCAGGCAGUGGGUGGACGGCCCCCCCAACACCCUGCUGAACGCUCUCGCUGAGGCUGAACUCACUUCAUCGACUCUGGACUCAGUGACUGCAGACUCAGAGGACAGAGCAGAAGAGGAGGAGGAGGAAAAAGAGGAGAGGAAAGAGGAGGAAGAGGAGGAGGACUCUGAUGUGGAGAUGGAUGAAGAGCGUCUGGAGCCGAGGUCAGACGAUGACGACACGAACUUCGAGGAGUCGGAGGACGAGCUGAGAGAGGCCGUGGCAGACUCCAUGAAGAACCUGUUUGUGAUGGAGGAUGGGAGCUCGGACGAGGCAGAGCACACAGAGGAGACGGCGGCGGUGGGUGGUGAUGGGACGGAGGAGAAUGAGGAUGGAGGUGCAGCGGCGAGUGCUGCAGACUCACAACAGAUCCAGCCGGAGGUCGAAGAUUCACAAGCAGACAAUGUUUCCUCUGAGCCUGAAGAACGAGACGGUCAGUCUGACAGUUCAGACAAUAACACUGCGUCAAAUAAACAGCAGCAGACGAGCUGAGUGAUCACAAACAUUGAAUCCUUUAUUCUGAGACAGUGACUUGAGUCCAUUUAACGGAAUAGUUCACCCAAAACAAUAUGUUGGAGUAUAUUAGAAGAGCCCUCCUUCAUGGGAAAUGUUUCAUUUAGCCAAAGUUUAGAAGAAACAGUAGUUUGGAUUUCCAGAGCUGAACAGAUACAAGACAGCUGGAAAAUGCUGCUUAGAAAUGUCCAGAAGAUUUAAUUACCUUUUCUUUUGUUCAUCUUCCAUUGAAGUCUGUUUGCACUGAUAUGUUUCAUGUUUCAGGCGCUCUGCUCUGCUUCACACCAUUAGAUAGAAAACUGUUUGUGUCUGAGUGUCCAGUCUUUAGUUUAACUGUCUGUUGAUCUUUAUUUUAACAGAUAAGUCUGGUGUUAUUUUACAUUUUUUUAUUGUCUAUAAAUACCAUGAAAAGAACAAAAUCAACAAAUACUUUAGUUCGUCUUCUCUCAAUCGAUGAUCAUAUGUGCUGUGUCUCAAGUCAGAAACUUCUGUACUCAAACUUGCUACUUUGAGUGUGUGAGUGCGUUCACACUGAAAAGUAUGGUGAAAAGCAGAGAUCUAAGAGUACCUGGAUGAUGCACUCAUGACAGUCAGAAAAUCGAGUUGUGUUAUGUUGCACACUGUUAAUCUUUAAUGGUCGCCAUGUUGCCUACGUAACAGAAGGGGCGGGACCACAAACACAUUUUAAACUUGUGAAAUGACGUUAGUCUGCUAGCGAGCUAACAGCAUCACAUUUUGUCAUCAGGCGUGAAGGGUAAGAUAUACUAGCUUAAAGAGUAAGUUAUUUUUGGUGUUUAUGCAUCUUAAAUUAUACGGGUCCAUCCUGAAUGGACUCACAAAUGUGUCAGGUUUGUAAAAAACACUUUAUUUUGAAGUACAGUGAAUAUCCGGCACAGAGAUUUUAUUCUGAAGUGCUGUUUCCUGCUGUAGAGUGAGUGACUAACGGGCAGCUAACUCGACAUGGCCAAACGCCAGUAUGACGCUGAAUAUAUUAAACUGUAUGGACCUUGAACUAAUGACUCAGGACAAUUCUGGACCAGUUGGAAACCACUGCGAUAGAGGAUUGUAAUGUCAGAUUUGUGGUCAGAUGCUUGAUGAGUUGUAAAUAUUUAUAAAAUGCAGCAGCUGUCACUGACAGUAUCAGCCACCGACAUCCAUAUAUAUAGAAACGUGCUGUGAAAGCCCUUUUAUUUUUAAUACAAUGAGUAAAUAAAUGCAGAAGACAAAGGAGCAAACAGGCAGAUACAGCAAUCAUACAUUCACUCGAACAUUGACGAGAGAUAGUCAUUCAGGUGAUGAUGCUCAGCCUGGCUGCAGUACACUGAGCAGAAGGAAAGCUGUCAACGGCCAUGUUUGAUCUGAGACAACACUAACCUGUCAAAAUUCACGCACUACACAAGUAACUACACACUGAACACAGUGUUCUGAGGUAUCUGAUUUGAGACAGAGCAACAGUUUCAUCAGUAAUGUCCUCACAGCUGCUCACUGUAGUUUUUAAUUUAACAAACAGGAGGAAUCAGUGACUGUGUAGGGGACUAUUUUCAGCGGCGGAUUAAUCCACAUUUGGUGCUCUAGUGAGUAUCUGUGGCAGCAGGACGGUUUAUGUAGGAUUGAAUCUUUUUAUGGGAUUUUGUGACAUUUGGAAAAAGCUGAAAAUCAGCAGACGUCUCCUUUAACAUCAGCUUCAGUGUGACUUCUGAUUUUAAUGCUUCACUCAGUUAUAUGGAAGAUAUUGUUUAACAAGCAGCAGUAAUGUUUGUACCUUUCUGUGCUUUAACUCUGUUUCACGCACAUAACAGACAGUUAAUAUGAAGUGUUGAUGAUUGUAUUUAUUGCAGUAUUUGAAUCUUAUUUCUACAUUAACAACCUUAAACAGUAACAAUGUCUUUCAAAAUAAAGAUUCCUUAAUAUUUC